AUGCUCUUCAGAUUCUCUCUCCUCCUGCUUCUUCUCCUCUCUCCGGCCUUCGCUUCCGAUUCAGAUCACAAGUAUCAACCAGAUGACCCAGUUACCCUUUGGGUGAACAAAGUAGGUCCUUAUAAUAAUCCACAAGAAACAUACAACUAUUACAGCCUCCCAUUUUGCCGUCCACCUGGUGAUGCUUCUCACAAAUGGGGUGGUCUAGGCGAGGUCCUUGGAGGCAAUGAACUUAUCGAUAGUCAAAUUGAGAUAAAGUACCUAGGGAAUGUGGAAAGGACCACUUUUUGCCGCUUGAAUCUUGAUGAUGCAAAGGUUAAACAGUUCAAGGAUGCAAUAGAAAAUAAUUACUGGUUUGAAUUCUUCAUGGAUGACCUUCCAUUAUGGGGGUAUGUUGGAGAGCUGCAUCCUGAUAAGAACAGUGACAGUGGCAAGCAUGUCCUUUACACACACAAGAACAUCAUUGUUAAAUACAAUCAAGAUCAGAUCAUUCAUGUGAACCUCACCCAUGAUGAUCCAAAACCUUUGGAAGUAGGAAGAUCGUUGGACAUGACAUAUUCUGUCAAAUGGAUUCCCACUAAUGUCACUUUUAGACACCGGUUUGAUGUAUAUCUGGAUUAUCCAUUCUUUGAGCAUCAGAUUCAUUGGUUCUCCAUUUUUAACUCUUUUAUGAUGGUUAUAUUCCUUACUGGGUUGGUGUCUAUGAUAUUGAUGCGAACACUGAGAAAUGACUAUGCAAAGUAUGCUCGGGAAGAUGAUGAUUUGGAAACUCUGGAAAGAGAUGUCAGUGAAGAAUCUGGUUGGAAACUUGUGCAUGGUGAUGUUUUUCGGCCUCCUCGCAAUCUGGCACUUCUUUCAGCUGUAGUUGGUACAGGUGCACAGCUUGCAUUGUUGAUUCUUCUUGUCAUCUUGUUAGCUAUUGUUGGGAUGUUGUAUGUCGGACGAGGAGCCAUUGUCACAACUUUCAUUGUAUGUUAUGCUCUCACAUCAGUCAUUUCUGGUUAUGUAAGUGGGGGGAUGUACUCACGUAAUGGGGGUAAAAGUUGGAUUAAAUCCAUGAUCCUUACAGCAUCUUUGUUUCCAUUCUUGUGCUUUGGAAUUGGAUUUAUCUUAAAUACUGUUGCGAUAUUCUAUGGAUCUCUAGCAGCAAUCCCCUUUGGUACAAUGGUGGUUGUCUUUGUUAUUUGGGCUUUCAUCUCUUUCCCUCUAGCUCUUCUUGGCACAGUUGUUGGAAGAAACUGGAGUGGUGCUCCAAAUAAUCCCUGUCGCGUCAAGACCAUUCCUCGUCCCAUUCCUGAAAAGAAGUGGUAUCUCACACCCUCUGUAGUUUCUCUGAUGGGUGGACUGCUUCCCUUUGGCAGCAUAUUCAUCGAGAUGUAUUUUGUAUUUACUUCCUUCUGGAAUUACAAGGUGUACUAUGUCUAUGGCUUCAUGCUACUGGUUUUUCUGAUUCUCAUAGUUGUUACCGUAUGUGUGACAAUUGUGGGGACAUACUUUUUAUUAAAUGCUGAGAACUACAACUGGCAAUGGACUUCUUUUCUUUCAGCAGCCUCAACAGGUGUUUAUGUAUAUUUUUACUCAAUAUACUACUACUAUGUGAAGACAAAGAUGUCGGGCUUCUUCCAAACUAGCUUCUAUUUUGGAUAUACUAUGAUGUUUUGUCUUGGACUGGGAAUUCUCUGUGGAGCUGUGGGUCAUCUUGGUUCGAAUUUGUUCGUGAGGAGGAUCUACCGGAAUAUCAAGUGUGACUAA